UCAAAGUUCCAUGUAAUUGUGGUGUUUGAAAAAACUGACUGUAGAGUUAUACUGUUUAGAAAAUAUAGAUCCUGCAUAUAGGUGUCUCCUUUUGAAAAAAAUGUUGAAGUACAAAGGACACUUAUAUGAAUGAACAAAUGUUAUUUUGUAUAUUUCCCUCAAAUUAAAAAAAAAAAGGUGUUACAAAUAAAGGUCCCUUAUGUUCACUUUCACAGUCUCAGUGUUUUCCCCAGAGGUAGACCUUAUGACAUAGUAUUUCUGCUGUGUUUCAGUAGUUUUAAGGCUCACGUCUCCUUCAUGGUAAUCUCUGUUUUACAUCUUAACUUUCUUCCUUUAUUAUUGGGUCUUUUUCUGUCACCUCUGUCCUUUGAUAUUCUCAUUUCUUUUCCCUUUUCAUUGUUUUCCUUGGCCUGUUGGUUUUAGAUUUGGAGAGGUUCUUCUUGGCUUUAUAGCUAUGAACCAACAAUGAGAAUUUGUCUUUUUUUUAAAUAUGUAAAUCAGUCAAUCACUUUUCCUUUGAUUCUUUCCAGCUAUUUCUUCAUAGCCAGAGAUAGCUCUCAUUACUUCUAAUUUUGUGUAUAGAAAGUUCUGGAUGAUAGAAGGCUCCAAAUUUCCAGAGUGCGGUUGUCACUGUAUCAGAAUUGCAGCUCUGCAAGUAAGUAUCAAAAUACAAAAUUUAGCAGGCUGCAACUUUUUAAUGACUGAUUUAUGACAUAUAUCAUAAAACAAACAAAUUAUAUAUAGCCCACUUUUAGAACUUAAUUUUUAAGUAAAUGUUUAUUCGAGCUUUUCGAAUGUAUCUCUUAAGUCUAAGAAAAGAAAUACCCUUAUUUCCUAAAGCAUGUAUCCUCAGAAAUGUAUGAUGGCAUUGACCCCUGCAAGUGGUCACGACACUUUGCUUGUAUGAGAGAAGAGGAAGGUGGAGGGAUGGCAGAAUAGAGUUCUUGGAACAUAGCUCCUUUAGUAUUUCUGGUCUCACAUUUCCAUCAGCACUAUUCUGUUAGCUCCCCAGUCCCAUUUUUUAUAAUCUUGUUACAUGAUUUUCAUGUACAAGUGGGCUGGUGGAUUUGAAAAAAAUUUUUUAACAUUAUCUUUGAUUGUAUGCAGAAGAAUGAACUUAUUCUGGAAACUUUUACAAAGACAUUGUAUUUUUUAAAUUCCUGGGCUUGUCAUGGGAUUAUGGUGGGAGUGAUACUUGUACCUGUUUGUAAUUAUCAACUUAUACCAUAUAAACCAAAGGAGUAGGAGGGAUAGCCUUUCUGAACUGUGUAUUACCUUUAUUUUUAUAUUUUCUGGAGGAAAGGAAAGCUCCUUCUACUACUCCAGUAUGAAAAGUUCUAUUGGAAAGAAAUGUCUUUAUUAUGUCUGGAAUGGGCAUCACCAUAAUUGUUUUUUCCUGCUGCCAUCUUUGGCUUAGUAUUUCUCUCCUUUCCUUAUGUAAUAAAUAUAUUCCUAAAAGGUGUAACAUAUAUUGAGUCUAACAUAUAAUGUUAAACAUAAGUUUAACAUAUAAUCGAGUCAUUAACAUCUAUAAUCAUAUUAUGUCAGACCUGGUGGUGAGUCCUUUUGAAAAGUGGACACUAUACUUUGAACUGUUUAAGUUUAAAAAGUAAGUUGUCAAAUAAAUACAAAUAUACAUUGAGUUAAACAGUGUAUUUCUUAAGGGAACAUAGAAUGAAGGAGUAAUAAGAGUUAUUUUAAAAAGUUAAUUACAAAAAUGUUCAUGUAAGUGAUUUUUACGCUAGAUUCUAAAGGAACAAUAAAGGUAGGUGGGAGAAGUGUAGAGUUGAUGAGAAAGUUUGAAGAGGGUGUUAAAAUGUUCACAUGUUCCUCAGUAUAAUAGUGCCUGUGCUGCAAUAAUCAUCAUCUUUUACCUUGGUUCUACUUGAAGACAGAGGGUUUAGUUGAGCACUUCUUAAGUUCUCUUCCUUUCCUGUACUAGACUAGAAAUUAACCCUAAGUCUUUAUGUAGUUCCCACAUUACUAUAUUAUAUGUGUAAUAUUACUAUGUUGCGGAUACUCAGCAGCUUAUAUUGGAAGAAAUGGUAACAAGAGGGAAAAAAAUUUCUCUGUAUUUGGGAGUACAGGGUACAGGGAAACUUUAAGGUUUGAGAUUUCAGUUUUGUGUCUCUCCGUAUAGCUCUAGGUUUCCCUUCACUGAAGGAGUAUGGAUCUUACAUCAGAGGAAGGGGCCCUUCCUUUUCCAAUCCACUUGUGACACAUGACCUCUAACAUGUGUACCUGUGGGAACACUUCCCAUCUUCUACCCCCGUUUCUCCACUAGGUGAUAGUUAGAUUUGCUCUGUGUGCUAUUGAGUUUUCUCCUUUAUCUUUCUUUUCCCAAGCUAAGCUGUAAAUGAAUGCUGUACAAAAGAAAUAUUAAUUAGUUGUUUUUAUAAAUUGCUUGCCAUUAAUGUCUGAUAAUAUGCAGUAAAAUAAGGAUUCUGCAUACCAUUAAAAUGUCAAAUAUUGCAAACUUUAAGAUUCUUUUGAAAUCACAAUACUAAACUCGGUUCACUUUUGCUUAGCCUUCACAGUUGUUGAUCACAUAGCAUGGUCAUCCACUCACAGCUUAAAAAAAUACAGGGAGCAUCGGAGAGAAUGGGUGAUACUACUCGUCAACGAAUCAAAUUCAGUGAUGACAGAGUAUGUAAGAGUCACCUUCUCAACUGUUGCCCCCAUGAUGUCCUCUCUGGAACGAGAAUGGAUCUUGGAGAAUGUCUGAAAGUCCAUGACCUGGCUUUAAGAGCGGAUUAUGAAAUUGCGUCCAAAGAACAAGAUUUUUUCUUUGAGCUUGAUGCCAUGGAUCAUCUGCAGUCAUUUAUUGCAGAUUGUGAUCGAAGAACAGAAGUGGCUAAGAAAAGAUUAGCAGAAACUCAAGAAGAGAUCAGUGCAGAAGUGGCAGCAAAGGCAGAACGUGUUCAUGAGCUAAAUGAAGAAAUUGGUAAAUUAUUAGCCAAAGUGGAGCAACUAGGAGCUGAAGGGAAUGUGGAAGAAUCCCAGAAAGUAAUGGAUGAAGUAGAGAAAGCAAGGGCAAAGAAAAGAGAAGCAGAGGAAGUCUAUCGGAAUUCUAUGCCAGCUUCCAGUUUCCAACAGCAGAAACUUCGAGUCUGUGAAGUGUGCUCUGCCUAUUUAGGUCUUCAUGAUAAUGAUAGGCGACUGGCUGAUCAUUUUGGGGGUAAACUGCACCUGGGAUUUAUUGAAAUAAGAGAGAAACUUGAAGAACUAAAGAGAGUUGUAGCUGAGAAGCAGGAGAAAAGAAACCAGGAACGUCUGAAACGAAGAGAAGAAAGGGAAAGAGAAGAAAGGGAGAAGUUGAGAAGGUCCCGAUCACAUAGCAAGAAUCCCAAAAGAUCCAGGUCCAGAGAGCACCGUAGACAUCGGUCUCGCUCCAUGUCACGGGAACGGAAGAGAAGAACUCGAUCCAAAUCUCGUGAGAAACGUCAUCGUCACAGAUCCCGCUCUAGCAGUCGCAGCCGUAGCCGCAGCCACCAGAGAAGUCGGCAUAGUUCUAGAGAUAGGAGCAGAGAACGAUCCAAGAGGAGAUCCUCAAAAGAAAGAUUCAGAGACCAAGACUUAGCAUCACGUGACAGAGACAGGAGUUCAAGAGACAGAUCACCUCGUGACAGAGAUCGAAAAGAUAAGAAGCGGUCCUAUGAGAGCGCUAAUGGCAGAUCAGAAGACAGGAGGAGCUCUGAAGAGCGCGAAGCAGGGGAGAUCUAAUUAGCCAUGUGCAUAUCCUCAAUCCUUAAGCUUCCUAUGGAGAUACAUACUAUUGUUUAGUUUACAGCUGUUCAGGGUGACACAGUGAGCAGUUCCAGACACGAUCCAGCUAGGCUAAAUACACAAAAUCUAACUUGAUCUGAACUGAACCUGUUUUCCUUGAUGAAGCCUAAAACUACAUCCAUAGUGUCUGGUGACCUUGUAAUACAAUUCUGAAAGGAGUCUCUGUUCACAAGUACAGUUUUAUAUAAUAAGAUGCCGAUCUCUGAUUAUUCUUUCUAGUAGUAGUGAUAGUGAAUGAAUUGUGUUACUUGCCUUGGGUUUUUAUGAAUAUUUGUAAAAUGCUGUCUUCCUUUCUAGUCCAAACAGCAGUAGCUUUGGGAAUUUUUCUUUUUAAUUCUUUUUUCCUUUGACUUGUAUAUCCCUAAUACCUCCACCCUCCAAUUUUAAGAGGAAGGGGGCAGGGAAGCAAUAUAACUUCUGUUCUAAGGUCCUAUUCCCAUUAUUAAUUACUAGCUGAUUACAGUUCAAAGCAUUUAUACUGGAAUGUGUGCUGGAGAAAUUUGUGUUGGAUAAUUUUUUUCUUUUUUGUUUAAUGGUGCCUCUUUAGAGUUAAAAGUCAAAAAGCUGUUGUAUUACAUAUUUUGCUUUUUUAUUGGCAUUUUGAAAUCAAACGUCUUGAUUUUUUCUGUUCUAUAGAAUUGCUAUGUUCAGGAUGUUUUGAGGGGGUGGGGGCAGGGGCUUUCAUAAGCACUUGUUAUAUUUUGUGUGUGUGGAGUAUAAAGGCUACACCCUUAUUGUAAAAAAUAAUAAUAAAAUGAAACAAUCACCAUCACCAUCAUUAAACUGUAACUGUCUAGUAAAUUGUGACUAGAACUGUUUGCUGUGGGCAUUUCCUCUAUUCUGUUAUAUCAUUAAUAGUGCCUUAAUGUGCAAGGCACCAAAGGAAAUAAAUAUAUACAUGCAAAGAUUCCAGAUGAACUCUUGCUCUGUCUGGGCCCUAUACUGACCAUGUUCCGGCUGCUUCAAGGCUGUCUAACAACUGCUAGGACUGGACCUGUUGAAGACUUUGGGUUUUUGUUUUGUUUUUCUUCUCUUUCAGCACACUGCAAUAAAAACAGUGUAACCAACAGAA